UUUCUCAUUCAGCGAGCUGAGUUUAGAGAUCUUUUUUCUUCUUCUUCCUAUUCAUACGAUCGGAAUCAUGGUGACCAAGAAGAUCUUUGGCUUCAUGGUCGUGAUCAUGUUUCUCUUGAGUUGCACCUCGGCUAAACUAUACACAGUCGGUGGUGACUAUGGAUGGACUAUCAAGGACGACUCUUGGGCUGAACAUAAGAAAUUCCACGUCGGAGAUUCCCUCGUCUUUGAGUACGAUCAAGACAUCAACGACGUCGCUCAAGUUUCCAGCGCCUUAGAGUAUGAUUCAUGCAAUUCUUCUUCUCCUAAAGUUGUUUACAACACCGGAUAUGAUGUUGUAACCUUCAAGGAACCAGGACAUCACUACUUCAUCACCUCAAAUGAAUUUCAAUGCCGCGUCUCGGGACUUAAAUAUGACGUUUUUGUCGUCAAUGACAUGUCACCUCCGAUUCCUUCACCACCACCACCGAGCAAGGUCCAUGAACCGUCACGUCCGGCUCCUCCACCAUCACCAAGCAAGAACCAUGCCCCUUCACGUCAGAUUCCUCCUCCAUCACCGAGCAUGAACCAUGAACCGCCACGUCCGACUUCUCCGCCACCACCACCCCCGAGCAAGAGAGGAAAGGUCUACAAGGUAGGUGAUUCUAAAGGAUGGAACGUGUACAACAGUUACUACUAUUACAGGUGGAGUAAAGAUAGACAAUUUCGUGUUGGAGAUACUCUCUUUUUCCAAUACAACAACAAACUCAACGACGUUAGAGAACUCAGCGAUGAUCUUGACUUCAAAUCAUGUGAACCAAAUUCUACCGUAGCUGUGUACAAGACGGGACACGAUCUCAUUAAGCUCACCAAACCAGGAGUGCAUUAUUUUGUAAGCUUAAAGACCGGUCUUUGUCAGGCUGGCAUUAAGCUUCGAGUCACCGUGCAACCAUCAACCGAAGACGUUAUUUUGCCUGAUGUUCCCAAGAGGCUCUCACGUAUUAACCGCUGCAGCAGGUGGCGGCCCUGGUUAUGCAUUUUCAGACCUCAUCACUAAGCAUUCAAAUUAGUUUAUAGGGUUUUUGUUGGUGUUAUUUAAGAUUUUUUUUUUCUUUUUUUUCUUUUUGUUAGUCGUUUAA